CUGGGUAGGCCCCGCCCCUUCCUCCUGUGCCAGGGGCCAGAGGUGGCGCUAGACCUCCUGCAGGAUCACGUGUCAAGCAGCCCUUACUCUAGGACCCUGAGGCCUCAGCUUCCACAGGGCAAGGGGGUUUGUCUCUAGCUCAAGCUGGCCUCAAACUCACUGAGGACGACCUUGAACUCAUCUCCCUGCCUGCGGCUGGCGGGACCUGGAUUACAGCAGGAUCUUACUGCCACCUCAGAUGCGAAGACACAGAAGGGCCUGGGGCCCAGGAGGAGGCAUCGUCGUAACCCCUUCUGCAAACCGAAGCAGCCUCCCCCAACCGAGCGGCCCGCCGGCCUCUCCGCGCGAGCGAGCACAAGCUCCAUUACCUGCGGGGCCGGCUCCACCUGCCUCCACACCUGUGGGCCGGCUCCACCUGCUGCUCCAUUACCUGCGGCUCCAUCACCUGUGGCUCCAUCACCUGCAGGCUGCCUCCAUCACCUGCAGACUGCCUCCAUCACCUGCUGCUCCAUCAUCUGCGGCUCCACCAGCUGCAGGCCACCUCCAUCACCUGCAGGCCACCUCCAUCACCUGCAGGCCGCCUCCAUCACCUGCAGGCCACCUCCACCACCUGCGGCUCCAUCACCUGCAGGCCGCCUCCACCACCUGCGGCUCCAUCACCUGCAGGCCGCCUCCACCACCUGCAGGCUGCCUCCACCACCUGCAGGCCGCCUCCAUCACCUGCAGGCCACCUCCAUCACCUGCAGGCCGCCUCCACCACCUGCAGGCCACCUCCAUCACCUGCAGGCCGCCUCCAUCACCUGCGGCUCCAUCACCUGCAGGCCACCUCCACCACCUGCGGCUCCAUCACCUGCAGGCCGCCUCCACCACCUGCAGGCUGCCUCCACCACCUGCAGGCCGCCUCCAUCACCUGCAGGCCACCUCCAUCACCUGCAGGCCGCCUCCACCACCUGCAGGCCACCUCCAUCACCUGCAGGCCGCCUCCAUCACCUGCGGCUCCAUCACCUGCAGGCCACCUCCACCACCUGCGGCUCCAUCACCUGCAGGCCGCCUCCAUCACCUGCAGGCCGCCUCCACCACCUGCAGGCCGCCUCCAUCACCUGCAGGCUGCCUCCACCACCUGCAGGCCACCUCCAUCACCUGCAGGCCACCUCCAUCACCUGCAGGCCGCCUCCAUCACCUGCAGGCCACCUCCACCACCUGCGGCUCCAUCACCUGCAGGCCGCCUCCAUCACCUGCAGGCUGCCUCCACCACCUGCAGGCCGCCUCCAUCACCUGCAGGCCGCCUCCACCACCUGCAGGCCGCCUCCAUCACCUGCAGGCCGCCUCCACCACCUGCAGGCCGCCUCCAUCACCUGCAGGCCGCCUCCAUCACCUGCAGGCUGCCUCCAUCACCUGCGGCUCCAUCACCUGCAGGCCGCCUCCAUCACCUGCAGGCCGCCUCCACCACCUGCAGGCUGCCUCCAUCACCUGCUGCUCCAUCACCUGCGGGGCGGGUCCAGGUCUGUCUGCUCCAGCGUAGUAGAUGCCCUUGGGCCUGCCGCGAGCCGUGGCUCUGCCUGCUGGUCAGCCGUUCUGUGUGGGGCUUUCAGAGCACCUUAGGCUUCUGGGUAAUUAAGUCUCCGACCUGGAACUCUCCAAUAGACUAGUUUGCUGGACAGUGAGCGGCAGGCAUCCCCCAGCCUCCGCCUCUCCGGCUCCUGUGGCUUCACCACGAGCAUCCACAGCCCACAGCGGGCCGAUUUUUCAUGGAGUUCUGCGCGCAUUUCUGCCUGCAGAGAAGGCUGAGCGAGGACUGUUUUCUGCGCUGUAACUUGUUAAAGCCACAUCAUCUGCUCCGUGGCUGGGAUCCCUCUGUCUGGGGACUGGGAGAAGUCCGUUCAGCCUCGGUAGACCCAGGACUCUGGGCCCUGAAACUGGGGCCCCUUGCUCCAUGCUUUAGACGUGUGGCUUCAGCUGCUGUGCACAGCCCGGGUUCACUGCUCCUGCUCUUAUCCCACGGGGCCCUGGAGUGCAGCAACUACUACAGUCUCCAGGGGGAGCGGUGGGUAGCAGCAGUGGGGGGCAGUGGCGGGGAGCAGUGAGGAGCAGCAGUGAGCAGCAGUGAGGAGCAGUGAGGAGCAGUGAGGAGCAGCAGUGAGCAGCAGUGGGGAGCAGUGGGGAGCAGCAGUGAGCAGCAGUGAGGAGCAGUGGGGAGCAGUGAGGAGCAGUG